AUGUAUCCGGCCAAUCUGAAAAAUGAGGCUUUAGACGAGGCCAGAACUAAUGAACAGUUGUGCUAUGCAACCGUGAACGGUGGUGCUAUGACUGGUGAGCCUGCUCGACAUCUGAGGCCAACACGACAAAUUUACGAAGCCGUUGAAGACUUUCAGGCCAAGUUCCUUUUGUCUGAAAUGCAAAAAAAACGCGCCAUCCACGAGGUUUCAGUGUCGCCGGCACCACCAGUCUGCAAAUAA